AUGCUGCUGCGUAUGCAUCAGUUUGUGCAACGCUGCAGCAGCUGCUCACAGUUCCUGUGCUGCAGCACAGCAGCGGCAGCAGCAGCAGCAGCAGCAGAAACGCCAUGUGUAGAGGCUCUCAGAGGACGGAGGCUGCUUUCUAGAACUCGUGCUGCUGCUGCUGCUUCAGUUUGGCGGCUGCAGCGACAGCAGCAACUGCUGCAGCAGCAGCAGCAGCAACUGCUGCUACAGCUGCCUCGCUGCAUGAGAGGGGCCCAAGAGGGGCCGUCUCGCACCUUGACCACAGCAGCAGCAGCAGCAGCAGCAGCAGCAGCAGCAAAUGCCAACACAGAUGCAGCAGCAACUGCAGCAGCAGCUGCAGCAAGAAGCAUUUUGGCAGACACCGUCUGGCCGGGCCCCCCGAAGGGCCCUGCAGCAGCAGCAGCAGCAGCGCAUGCAUCUUGGGACUUAGGCUUCGCCGAGCCAGACGCGCUGCUGCCUUUGCUGCUGCAGCUGGGAGCAGCAGGUCCAGCCCCAGCAGCAGCAGCAGCAGCAGCAGCAGCAGCAGCAGUUCCGCAGCAGGCGCUGGAGCAGCUAAGCAGCCUGUCGCUGCAGGAGCAGUGGGAAGUAUUUGCUGCUGCUCCCCUGUGCGGCGUGCUGCUGCCUCCGUCGUUGCUGCAGCAGCAGCUGCUGCUGUUGCUGCAGCAGCAGCAGCAGGGAAACCUGCGGGGCCCGCAGCUGUCUGAAAGCAUCCGCUGCGCUGCAUUGGCUCUGGCACUGGGGAACUCUGGCUGCCUUGCAGCAGCAGCAGCAGCAGACACUGCAGCAGCAGCAGCAGCAGCAGCAGACACUGCAGCAGCAGCAGCAGCAGCAGAAACGUUUCAUCAGUUGCUGCGGGAGGUGCUAGAGGAGGCAGCAGGCCCUCUGCCCUUCAGCGGCCGCUCUGCUGCUGCUGCUGCCCUCUCUGUGGCAGCAGCAGCAGCAGCAAAGCCAGCAGCGGCAGCACUAGCAGCUGCAGCAACGCAACCUGCUGCUGCUGCUGCUGCUGCUGCUGCGGAUUCUUUUGAUGCUGCAGUGUCUCUUUUCUCGAAGUUGGGAGACAUCUGCAGCAGCGACGAGCUGUCGCUUUCAUUUGACUGUUUGCUGCUGCUGCGGAUUGGCCUAGAGCUCCUCAGCUGCAGCUGCAGCAGCAGCAGCAGCAGCAGCAGCAGCAGCAGCGGGGCGUGUGGAGGCAGCAGCGACUUGUGGCUGCAGCAGCUGCCAGGCAUUGGUGCUGCUGCUGCUUCUUUCUUUCGCUGCGCGGUGCUGCAGCCGCACGUGGCGCUUCCGCUUCCCCCGCAGCAGCAGCAGCAGCAGCAGCAGCAGCAGCAGCAGCAGCAGGUGGAGGAAGAGCAGCAAGAUGAUUUGAUCGAUUUGGUCGACGACGAGAGCAUCGAACAGCAGCAGCAGCAGCAGCAGCAGCAGCAGCAGCAGCAGGACGAGCCCAGGGACAGCGCCCCGAGGCAUGUGGGGCCUUUUGUCUGGAGCCACAGAGUGGCAGCAAGAAGGGAGCUGCUGCUGCAGCAGCCGCGCUGCUUCCGCAGCAGCACAGUGGCUCUGCCCCAGGAGGGCUGGAGAUGCCUCUCUGCAAUUUGCCGAGGAUGGAAAGUUCGAGAGGCCCCACAGAGCGAGUGA